AUGCAGACCUUCAACGCUGUAACGAACGAGAACUACUACAAUUCGACGAGUUCGCACUACCCUUGGCACUGCGCCGCGGAAGCGUCUGCAGUGCAGAUGCCCACAUCUCUAGACUCCAUCAAUGACCAGGAGCUUUUAAGAUCAUGCUCCGAUCACAGCCUAACGAUUUCGAGUGGCCAGUCCCCUAUGCUUGGUGCCGACAAUUACUUUCCUAGUGUCGAGACAGCCACAUCAGGUCGCAACCCACAUUUUAUGAAUUUCAAUAUUACACCGGACCCGGGAAACGAUUCUUCUGCUACCAAGAGAAGCGCUGGCUCUCCUUCUUCUACGGGACAUUCUUCCGAUGCGAAAGGUUGCAGAGUUGAGAAGCGUCAGCGCAACACCGAAGCAGCCCGUCGAUAUCGCCAGCGGAAGGUCGAUAGGGUUGCGGAGUUGGAAGAAGCUUUGCGAUUGAUGACCCAGGAGCGGGACGACUACAAGUUGCGGCUCGCACUAUCUGAAGCUGAAGCUGAAGUUUUGCGUGGUUUGAUUGGGAGAAGGGAUUGA